AUGCUGUCGAGAAAUUUAAAGAGAUUCAAGCUAGUCACGUUUGAUUGUACAAACACUUUGCUGUAUUUUAAAAUACCCGUACAUCAGCAAUAUUUGAAGGUUGCAGUGGAAUCGGGUCAUAAAAGAGAGGAUUUUGAUGAGACUAAAAUUUAUCCAAGCUUUAAAAAACAUUUUAAGGAAUCGAAAGUGAAAUUUCCAAAUUUUGGACGACAAUCGAUUGGAUUUGAAUCAUGGUGGAGUACUUUAGUGCAAAAUGUCUUAUCGGAUGCUCAUCGAGAAAAAAGAAAGCCAGAAGAGUUUAAUAAAGUAGCUGACACUUUAAUUAAAUUGUACGAGACUAAGAAGUGCUGGAACAAAUACGACGGAUGUGAUGAAACAAUUAAGUCAUUGAAACAUCACGGAAAACUAGUUGGAAUUAUAUCUAAUUUUGACCCAAGGCUGCAUCAUUUACUCAGAGAUAUGAAUUUGCAUAAUAAUUUUGAUUUUAUAAUCACGUCAUAUGAGGCUAAUAUCGAGAAACCUGAUCGGAAGAUCUUUGAACUUGCUUUAGAAAAAUCAUUAGCACAGAAAUGGGAUAUGAUUUACCCAUCAGAAUCACUGCAUAUAGGAAACGAAAUAUCAACAGACUAUGAAGGUGCUAUGAAUGCAGGAUGGUCUUCAGUUCUAAUAGGAAAUGAUGAUCAGGGUAAUAAGAAUUGCUUUAAAAGUUUGAGAGAUUUCUAUGAUGCAAUCAACUCUAAGGAGAUUGAGUUGUAA